CCCCAAUAAUAAUUCUUCCUUCCCACACACCGGCGUACGCCUCCUUCUUCCCCUUCCUCUCGCCUUCCUCCCUUCCCUUCGCCGCCGCCGCCGCCCGCGAUUCGAGCCGAGUCCUUGCUUUGACCAGCCGAGUCCUCGCCGCGCCGCGUUGCAGGGACCACCGGCGGGGCAUCUCCGGCCAUCGUCGCCGGGGGUAAAGUGGGCUCCGUAGAGGAGUCCUAGGGGGGAGAGGGGGGGUUAGAUCGGACGAGAUGAAGCGCUCGGUUUCCUCCGCUGUGAUACCUGCUAACGCUGCUGCUUCUGCUAACCCUAGGAUCACUUGUAUUAUUCCCUUUCCUCACCCGACCCUUGCUCCUUUUUCCCUCGUCCAUACUGAUGUCGACUAUGUUCAGAAGCUACUCAAUUAGUUUAGUGUAAAUAUUAGACUUGUUGGGGUUAGUUUGGUAGAAGGAAUUAGUCUCUGUUUGAAGUUCAUUUCUGCUGGCAACAAUGGCUGCGAUGAACGAAAAGGUGUUGGCUAAAUGUGGAAAGAACACAAGUAGCCUCAAGAGGAAGCGGGACAGCCCCGCUGCAUAUUAUGCUGGUGCCGGCCGCACCUCUGAAUUGCAUCAGCAUCCUGUUGGCAACUCUUCCAUUAGGUUGUUUGUUGAUGAAGAUCAUAAAGCGAACAUCGCGUGCCACUUAAACAGGCAGAUUCUGCGGAGUUAUCAGAACUUCAUGACUAGUGCAGUACCGAAGAGUAUUCUGCUCCGCCAAGGUGGCAACUGGAUAGAAUUUCCAGAAAAAAUUGUUAAGCUGGCCCAAGUUGAUUUCAGGGCAAAGAAGACAAUCACAGAAGUAGGAUAUCAGAACCAGCUGUUUUUGUUGGACUUUGUGCAUAUGACGUUCAUCGACUCAAAGUCUGGUCUUCAGAGGCCGAUAGCUUGGAUUGAUGACAAUGGGAAGCGCUACUUCCCAGAUGUAUUUACUGAAGAUCAGAUAUUAUACAGGAGGGAAGAUUUGAGCAAUGGCAAUCAUGUCUAUGUUAGAGGUGUGCCUAAUGGGGCACAGGUAAUAAGUGAUCAGUUUGGAGCAUCAGAGAGUUCUGCAGAAAGCUCAAACUUUGAGUCCAGUACUGAAGAUGUUUCCAGUGCUAAGAGAGUUAGAGCUGAGAAGAGCAUCAUCAGGAAAGAAAUUGGUGAUGCUGGAGAAACUGUUGGAGAAAAUGAACCACACACUUCAUUGCCUACAGCCUAUACUUUUCAACCGCAGCAUGAUAAGCCAGGUGGGCAAUCACGUGCUCAACAAGCUAGUUCUGUUGUGCAGCAAAUGUUAUUGCAAGGGAUGGGCACAGUUAUUGGUUCAAAGGACAUUAUUGGAAUCUACAGAACACCAACCAUGGAUAGUUUUAGAGAAAACCGUUAUAAUCUUUUCCAAAAGCAGGUAGAGGUCACUAAAUCUCAGCGUGGUAAUGCAAAUAUUCGUUAUGCUUGGCUUCCUUGCUCCAAAGACACCGUGGAUGCAAUGAUGCUGAAUGGUCACUUGCAAGUCAAGAAGCCCUCAAGAUGUCCAGCCUAUGGAGCUGGCACACUCCUUGCGCCGGCUAACUGCUCCAUUAACUGUGUGAAUUACUCUGAUGUUGAUGAAAAUGGAAUCGUUCAUAUGAUGUUGUGCCGUGUUGUAAUGGGGAACGUAGAAAUAGUUCACCAUGGAUCUAAGCAGCACCGGCCUAGUAAUGAGCAUUUCGAUAGCGGUGUAGAUGACAUUAAAAACCCGCAGCAUUACAUUGUAUGGGAUAUGAAUCUGAAUAGUCAUCUCUAUUCUGAAUUUGUAGUCACCAUACAGUUGCCUUCUAAAGCCAAAGAUUCCCCCUUCACCCAAGAAGAUUGUCACGAUUCAUCUGAUGUUUCACUGGUCUUGAGUUCUAGUUCGCCCAGCAGUGUAUCAGAGGGCAUGAACCUUCAGGCGUCUCCAGCAUUGGGUGGUCAAUAUGAAGCCCCCAUGUUAGGAGGUUCAAUGGAAAAGGCUCCAAGUACACCUUGGAUGCCGUUCUCCAUGUUAUUUGCAGCUAUUUCAACCAAAAUUUCUCACGAGAAUAUGGACAUGAUCAAUAACUGCUAUGAAGAAUUCAAGAUCAAGAAAAUAAGCCGAGUGGAUCUUGUGAAAAGGCUGAGGCAUAUAGUUGGUGACAGACUGCUGAUAUCCACAAUAAUCCGGCUCCAAGAUAAGUUGCCUCCGGUGGUCAAGCGUGAAGCACCCAACGCACGGGCCAAGCUGGUGGCCAAGCGGCCACGAGGUCAGUGAUAGUGGUGAAGCAGAACUGCUCUACUUGUCUGAGUACCCAGAAGAACGUGGAGUGAAAUGAAUGAAGUCUUCUUCUGAGUUGUUUGCGAUUCCUGAAAAAAAUGCUGCUGCUGUGUCUUUCUGUUUUAGUUGCGAAAAUUAAACUUAUGGUGGUCAAGGAAUGCUCCUUGUGUAGCCCCCUCCCGUUCGGUUAAUUCCAGUCGACGUUGAGUUUAGUUAAUAAUUACCAUUUUCUGUUGACUCUUAAUAAUGUCCUACCUGUUCGCUGAGCCUAUAUAUAUUCCUCAUCUAUGCACUGUGUUGCAGCUGCAGUUUCAGCUCA